GCGGGCCGCACAUCCUCGCGUCGCGCUCCUCGCAGUUGACUACUCACUUUUCAUUUACAUAAUCAUAUUUAGUGAAUUAAACAAUUAUUGGAAAAUAUAAUGUUAAGGACUAAAUUCAUAAUAUUUUGGCUUGGCCUCCUGGCGGCGUUUGGCGGAAGUGUAACUGAAGACUACGGUUUCUCUGCAAAGGAUGGGGGGUUGUACACCGACGAUGCUGUCAUUAUAAAUGCGGCGGUGGGUCGUGUAAGGCGCGACACCAGCAACAGUACUCGUGAUGGAAAACAAUUCUGGUUUCUGCAGACUAGACAGUCCGACGAAGGCGCUUUCGGGCUCGACUGCGAGACGACCCUUGGCAAGAGAGGCACCUGCAAGAGUUUCCGCGAGUGCUACCCAUUGCUCAAGGUGGCAGACCUGUCUGGGGAUGGCUGGGUAAUGGGCCACUACGACACCUGCAGCUACAUCAGUGCUGACAACAUGGAGGUAUUCGGAGUAUGCUGCACUGAGCCUGUGGGUACCCCUCCACAACAGGAGCCCGAUGUCCAGCGCCUGGGUGUUCUACCGUCUGCUGUACCGGUUCAACUCCCGCCAUUACAGCUGGCUGGAUUCCCUGGCCGCUUCUUAUCGGCUUUUGCCGGUUCAUGGAAUAUGGGCGUGGACCAAGGUUCUAACGUUCGCCAGAUCCCUGCGCAGUGGCCUCCGACAAUCCCGCCGUUGCCCACGCACCCGCCAGACCACACCGCUCCUACGCACCCACCCUCUAUGAUUGCAGGUGUAGGCGUGACCACAAAACCACCACACACACAAGCCACAACUUGGGCUACCAGACCUCCAGGCACAACUAAGCCUACUACUAAACAGACAUGGGCCCCAGCGUACCCUACUCAACCAGCCAAACCUCAACCAGCUGUUGACGGAUCUUGCGGCAUUAAGAAUGGACCUCAGACGUACGAAAGCAACUAUCAGGACGAGGAACGUAUCGUCGGUGGCCACAACGCAGAGCUUAACGAGUGGCCGUGGAUUGUGGCUCUAUUCAAUGCGGGUCGCCAGUUCUGUGGAGGUUCCUUGUUUGACGAUAAACAUGUUCUUUCUGCAGCCCAUUGCGUCGCCCAUAUGACCUCUUGGGAUGUGGCUCGUCUCACUGCAAGACUGGGUGAUCACAACAUUCGUACUAACGCAGAGACCCAACACAUUGAAAGGAAAAUCAAGCGGGUCGUCAGGCACCGCGGUUUCGACAUGCGCACUUUGUACAACGACGUUGCUGUGUUAACUCUGGACCAGCCCGUGACGUUCACGAAGAAUAUUCGACCGAUUUGUUUGCCGAGUGGAGGACGCGCUUACGCUGGACUCAUCGCCACUGUUAUUGGUUGGGGCAGCUUGAGAGAGAGUGGACCGCAGCCAUCAGUUCUGCAAGAGGUGUCUAUUCCGAUCUGGUCGAAUGCUGAAUGCCGAUUAAAGUAUGGAGCUGCGGCCCCUGGUGGAAUAGUUGAGCACAUGUUAUGUGCCGGGAAAGCUAGUAUGGACUCUUGCAGUGGUGACAGUGGCGGACCUCUGAUGGUGAACGAAGGAAACCGCUGGACCCAGGUGGGCGUGGUGUCGUGGGGCAUAGGCUGCGGCAAAGGCCAGUACCCUGGGGUCUACACCCGUGUCACCGCCUUCCUACCAUGGAUACAGAAGAACUCCAAAUAAGAACACCAACUCAGAAAACAGGUUAAUUUUCCACCAAACCAGACACAGACAAAAAAGAAAGGAGACAAUUUAAUAAACUAACAGGAUUUCGUCAUAGAGAUGGCACACAGCUUCGGUGGAAAAUAUAUACACACGUAAAUAUUCAGAAACAGUUAUAAAAUCACAUAGGAUCUAUACGCCAUAUAACUGUGUUCCAUUAAGCUACCCACGUAUUCUGUCACAAUGGAACCAGUAUUCGCCAUAAAUGCUCUUCAAAGGUCAAUGUUCGAUCAGAUAAUAUGUAGUUAAGUGCUUUCCAUUUUAAUGUGCGACCAAUUACUUUGAGAAAGACAACCAACCCUUGCCUUUCUUAAUGAAUUGGUAAAAAUGAGAAUUUAAUUAUAAAUAAA